GAAGGCGGAGCGACGGACCGGCAGGCCUAGCUCCGGGGCUGCGGCGGCUGAGGCGCGGGGAUGGAGCCCGUGCGGGUGCUGGAGCUGUACAGCGGCGUGGGCGGCAUGCACCACGCGCUGAGAGAAAGCUGUAUACCUGCACAAGUGGUGGCUGCCAUUGAUGUCAACACUGUCGCUAAUGAAGUAUACAAGUAUAAUUUUCCUCACACACAGUUACUUGCCAAGACAAUUGAAGGCAUUACACUCGAAGAGUUUGACAGAUUAUCUUUCGAUAUGAUUUUAAUGAGCCCUCCCUGCCAGCCAUUCACAAGGAUUGGCCAGCAGGGUGAUAUGACUGAUUCAAGGACGAAUAGCUUCUUAUAUAUUCUAGAUAUUCUCCCAAGAUUACAAAAAUUACCAAAGUAUAUUCUUUUGGAGAAUGUUAAAGGUUUUGAAGUAUCUUCUACAAGAGACCUCUUGAUACAAACAAUAGAAAAUUGUGGCUUUCAGUACCAAGAGUUUCUAUUAUCUCCAACCUCUCUUGGCAUUCCAAAUUCAAGGCUACGAUAUUUUCUUAUUGCAAAGCUUCAGUCAGAGCCAUUACCUUUUCAAGCCCCUGGUCAGGUACUGAUGGAGUUCCCCAAAAUUGAAUCUGUACAUCCACAAAAAUAUGCGAUGGAUGUAGAAAAGAAAAUUCAAGAAAAGAACAUUGAACCAAAUAUUAGCUUUGAUAGCAGCAUGCAGUGUUCUGGAAAAGAUGCCAUUCUUUUUAAGCUUGAAACUGCAGAAGAAAUUCACAGGAAAAAUCAACAAGAUAGUGAUCUCUCCGUGAAAAUGCUAAAAGAUUUUCUUGAAGAUGACACUGACAUGAACCAGUAUCUUUUACCAUCAAAGUCAUUGCUGCGAUAUGCUCUUCUAUUAGAUAUUGUUCAGCCCACUUGUAGAAGGUCCGUGUGCUUUACCAAAGGAUAUGGAAGCUACAUAGAAGGGACAGGGUCUGUGUUACAGACUGCAGAGGAUGUGCAGGUUGAGAAUGUCUACAAAUCCCUUACCAAUUUGUCACAAGAACAACAGAUAACAAAGCUGUUAAUGCUUAAACUGCGAUAUUUCACUCCUAAAGAAAUAGCAAAUCUCCUUGGAUUUCCUCCAGAGUUCGGAUUUCCUGAGAAGAUAACAGUGAAACAGCGUUAUCGCCUACUUGGAAAUAGUCUCAACGUGCAUGUAGUAGCUAAACUAAUCAAAAUCCUAUAUGAAUCAUUUUGAAAUAACUCUGAAAGAUGGUCAUAUGAUAUUCCUUCAUUUUCAGAGAGUAAUUCUGAAAUUCUGUUUUGAACUAAUUCUGGUGAUAUUGAACUAAAUUAUUUUAAUCUGUCUUUAAUAAGAAAUUUGGAUUUUAUAAAAAAAAAUCCACGUUUCCUCAAAUUUAUGUUACUGUAUUUUGUAAAAUACGAACUAUUGUUAUGUUUUAUGGAGAGUAUAUUUUCAUAUGAAACUGGUAAGUAUAUAUGUGGAAUAUUCUUUUUAAAAAUGAUUUUAUAAACAAAUCAAGGAGCACUAGAGCUUUAGUGUCUACAUGAGUAUCUUGUGAAGUGUCAUAACAGGCAUAACGUAUUUUUAUAUUAAUUAAAGAAGUUUUUUAUUUCUAAUUUUAAAAUAAUGAUUCUAAUUCUAGCCCAUUGAAUGUUUUACUUAAUUUCCAAUCCUGUAAAUAUUUCUUUAUUUCAUCUAAACAAAUGCAUAUGAUAUGUAAACCAAAUUAUCAUUAUUCAAUUUAUAUAGCAGUCUGAAAAUAUGUCAGGAAAAAUAAUCCUAAAUGUUUGAUUACCUCUCCAUCAAGCGGCCACAGAAACUGUUGGUGCACAUUAUCUACAUUUUCCUCAGCCUCUGUCUGAAGGAGAAAACUCGUUUUUCCUUCUUCAUUUUGUAUGUACUUUCCUUUUGUUGGCUAUUAUCAAAGCUUGUUUUUGUCUUCUCAGCUUCUGAGUUGAAUUUGCCUUUGCACGCUGAGGAAUGUAGCAUGAUGUUAAGAUUUCAGGGUGGAAGCUGCCCUCUGAUCCCAUGUCAUAUGACACUACUCCCCUCCCCCAGUUGUUCUUUAUUGUGGCAACAUACAGAGUGUACUCUGAAUUAACUUUUAUGACUUUAACUUUCUCUGUCUCUCUUCCUCAGCAGACGUCUUGGAAUUAGGGUUUCUAAUCAAACUAAGUCUUGCAUCAUAAAUUCUAUGGUUUGUGAUAAAAGCGAGUGACAAAGAGAAGAGAGAUGAAAAGAAACAAGUCCAGAAAUCAUAUUACAAGAUUUUAAUUCAAAUUUUUCUUCUUAAAAAUCAAGUAUUUUGAGGUGGAUAAAUUGGAAGUUUGUGCAUUGCUUUUGGGAACGUAAAAUGGUUCAGCUACUGUUGGAAAACACUAUGGGGGUUCGUCACAAAAUUCAACAUAGAAUUACCCUGUGAUUCAGUGAUUCCACCUCUGGCUAUAGACCCCAAAGAAUUGAAAGCAGGGACUUGAACAGAUAUUUGUACACCAGUGUUUAUAACACCAUUAUUUACAGUAGCCAAAAGGUAGAAGCAGCCCAAGUGUCAUCCCAUUCACCCAUGCAUGGAUACAGGAAGUGUGUUCCGUGCAUGCAGUGGAAUAGUACCAGCCUUCCACAGGAAGGAAAUUCUGACAUAUGCGGUGACACGGAUGAACCUUGAGUACGUUAUGCGAAGUGAAAUGAGCCACUAUGCGGGGAGGGAGAAUGGAUAGUUAUUGCGUAAUGGAUACAAAGUUUCUGAUUGGGGUGAUGAGAAAGUUCUGGAGGUGGAUGGGGAGGAUGGUUGCACAACAGUGUGAGUGUACCUAAUGCCACUGCAACUGUAUAUUUAAAAAUAGUUAAAAUGAUAAAUUUUACAUUAUGUAUAUUUUACUGCAAUUGAAAAAAUCAUACUCUAUUACCAAUUUUUCAGAACUCAUAGAUAAAUAUGAAUAUAGGGAAGCUGUAAGCCAGCCCAUAUACAGAAACUAUCACUAUCUACAUUUUUCAUAUGUGUUCAGACAGAGCCUAGUACAAGUCUCAUAAAUUUCAGUAAACAAUCGCAAAUUAUUUUGGCACAUUUUCAUGUAGGUUCUGUUCACUGCUGAAAUAUUCUAAAUAAAAUGGUUUAGAGUUUUACUGUAA